ACUCAGUUGACGGUGCGCGUCGCGUCCGCGCGGUUGGUCCUGACGUCAUGGACCUGGACGCGGUUCUGCCCGAGGUCGGCGAAUUCGGCGCCUACCAGCAGCUGCUGCUGUACCUGGUGCUGUUGCCGUGCGUGCUGCCAUGCGGCUUCCACGCCUACAAUCAGCUGUUCAUGGCCGCCAGACCGGACCAUUGGUGCAGAGUGCCGCAUCUUGAUGCGCUCGACCCUAAUGUCGCCAAAAACAUCAGUAUCCCACUGAUUCUUCGAGAAGGCGAAUACAUUCACAGUCAAUGUGACAUGUACGAGAGGAAUUAUUCGGAUGUGCUGGGCGGGGCUGGCAUAGAUGCCAAUCUCACCACCUCUCCAUGCCAGUACGGCUGGAAUUUUGACUAUUCCAGAUAUGCAGCAACAGUUGUCACCGAGUGGGAGAUGGUGUGUCAUCGUGAUUUUCUUGCAACCCUUGCCCUAGUCCUACUGGGUGUUGGAGGAUUGAUUGGAAAUUACAUUUUCGGCUACCUCCAAGACACAUUGGGGAGAAGGCCGUCAUUUUUCAUCUAUCUCUUCAUAGAAUGUUUCUUCGGAAUCGCGACGGCAUUUGCUCAAGACUUUGUCACAUGGACCACGUUCAGGAUUGGAGUGGGCUUCACUGUUCCUGCUAUUUUGGGAACACCCUAUGUUCUUGCCAUCGAAGUAGUUGGACCAUCGAAGCGCACACUCGUUACCAUUCUGACAAAUAUAGCGUACUCGCUGGGCCUGGUCGCGCUCGCCGGAGUCGUCUACUUGGUGCGUGAUUGGAGGCAGCUGGCUCUCGCCACCUCCGUGCCCUUUCUCUCCUUCUUCCUCUAUUGGUGGGUGCUGCCAGAGUCGCCAAGAUGGCUGCUCGCUAGAGGCCGGUUUGAUGAAGCAGAAAAAAUAUUGAGAAAGAUGGCGCGAGUUAAUGGAAAGCCAUUACCUGCCAAUUACAUGCUUCAACUCAAGAAAAAAUACCAAGCUGAACGUUAUGUACAGCGAAAAGACGUUGAAAAAGAAAAAACAAGACAAUACGGUGUGAUGGAUCUGUUCAGAACGCCAAAUCUUCGAAGAAAAACACUUAUAAUCACAUUCAUAUGGUUCACAAAUACGAGCGUGUACGUGGGCCUGUCGUACUAUGCACCGGUGCUGGGUGGCGACGAGUUCCUCAACUUCUUCCUUGCGGGUGCGGUGGAGCUUCCUACCUACAUUGUGCUGUGGCCAGCCAUGGAGUGCGUUGGUCGCCGCUGGACCCUCUGCGUCAGCAUGGUCAUUGGAGGUGUUGCCUGUUUGGCCACCAUAUUUGUACAAAAUGAUUCGAUGACCACUCUGUGCCUGUACUGCUUGGGAAAGAUGGGUAUCUCCUCCUCGUACGUGGUCCUCCCCUUGAUGGCCUCCGAACUCUACCCGACCGUCGUCAGAGGUCUGGGAAUGAGCACCAGUGCUGUUGCCGGCAUGCUGGGACCCAUCAUCAUUCCAAUUGUCAACUAUAUGUUAUAUUAUUCUGAAGUGAUCAGGAAGGUUCAAAAAGUGAUAAGAUACUGUGACAUCCUGAAUUUGUUGAAACCAUGA